GGCAGCGGACAGGCUUCAACUUCGCACGGAGGCACACGCAUAUGUCAUCACAUAACCUUCCUGAAGCAGGAUCAGUGCGCACAGAGCAGCCAGUUGGCUUUCAAUCAAUGGAGCUGUAUGUACGAGCGCGCAAGCCGUUUUAGGUGAGCUCCUGUUGAAGGUAGCAGUGCGUGUGGCUGGGCUGUGUGGUCCGUGUGUUCAGAAGCUACCUGCCGUGCUCCAACAAGCGCGAGUGGAGACACCUCAAACCACUUCGACCGGAGGUGACCGGCCAGUUGACCUAAACAGUUUCGUGGAGGAUACUUGGAGGAGCCAGUUUUUAAAAUGCCCGUGGCAACAUCCAGCUCUGACACCGACUUAUCAUCAAGGCUGCCCUAUGAACCAGAAGAAAAUGCACUUCUGACUUGUGCCGUAUUCACAUCUAUGCAUCAGGCCCUGGACACUCUGAGUGACAGCACAAGUUCCACAACGGCCAAUGACCUGGACCUCAUCUUCCUCAAAGGCAUCAUGGAGAGCCCAGUGGCCCAUGAGCGUUAUGAGGAGCCCAAGCUCGAGGCUGUGAGGGAGAACAACGUGGAGCUGGUCCAGGACAUUCUCAAGGAGCUCAGCCCGCUCACACACAGGAGUCAGCUGGCCGACGAGCUGGUCCGCAUCCUGAAGGAGCCCCACUUCCAGUCCCUCUUGGAGACCCACGAUUCUGUGGCAUCCAAAAACUAUGAGACUCCUCCUCCCAGUCCCUGUUCCUUCAUGGAUGCAGCCCUCAACAACCAACCCGUGCCCCCAGACGCAGUCAGGAUGGUGGGCAUCCGCAAGGUGUCUGGUGAGCAUCUGGGAGUGACGUUUCGUGUGGAGAGCGGCGAGCUGGUGAUUGCCAGGAUCCUCCAUGGUGGCAUGAUUGACCAGCAAGGUCUGCUCCAUGUGGGUGACAUCAUCAAGGAGGUGAACGGCAAGGAGGUGGGCAAUGACCCCAAAGUGCUCCAGGAAAUGCUGAAGGAGGCCAGUGGCAGUGUGGUGCUGAAGAUCCUGCCCAGCUACCAGGAGCCUCACACACCAAGACAGGCCUUUGUAAAGUGUCACUUUGACUACGACCCAUCUCAUGAUAACCUGAUUCCCUGUAAGGAGGCUGGGCUAAGCUUCAGCAGUGGGGACAUUCUGCAGAUCUUCAAUCAGGAGGACCUCAACUGGUGGCAGGCCUGUCACAUAGAGGGAGGCAGCGCAGGUCUAAUUCCCAGCCAGCUGCUUGAGGAAAAGAGGAAGGCGUUUGUGAAGAGAGAUCUGGAGCUCGCUACCACAGGUCCUCUGUGUGCUGGCAUGGGUGGUAAGAAGAAAAAAAAGAUGAUGUAUUUGACCACCAAGAACGCAGAAUUCGAUCGCCAUGAGUUGCGCAUCUAUGAAGAGGUUGCCAAGGUCCCACCCUUCAGGAGGAAGACGUUGGUUCUGAUUGGUGCACAAGGGGUGGGCCGUCGCAGUCUGAAGAACAAGGUGCUGGUGUCAGAGCCCCAGCGGUACGGCACUACCAUCCCCUUCACGUCCAGAAAACCAAAGGUGGAUGAAAGGGAUGGCCAGAUGUACUCCUUCAUGACCCGCAGCGAAAUGGAGUGUGACAUAAAAAAUGGCCGUUUCCUGGAGCAUGGCGAGUACGACGGAAACCUGUAUGGGACAAAGAUCAGUUCAAUACAUGAAGUGAUAGAAACAGGAAAGAUCUGCAUCCUGGAUGUCAACCCACAGGCUCUGAAGGUCCUGCGCACAUCAGAGUUCCUGCCCUACGUUGUGUUCAUUGAAGCCCCAGACUUUGAGGUCCUCAAAGCUAUGAAUAGGUCAGCUAUUGAGUCAGGAGUGGUCACAAAGCAGUUAACGGACUCUGAGCUAAAGAGGACGGUGGAUGAAAGUGAGCGCAUUAAGAGAGCCUAUGGACAUUACUUUGACCUCUGCAUUGUAAAUGACGGGCUGGAGGCAGCAUUCCGAAGUCUACGUUUGGCACUGGAGAAACUGUUAGCAGAACAGCAGUGGGUGCCUGUUAGCUGGGUCUUCUGAAAGUCACCAAGAACUCACUAGCAAGAUGCCAGAGCCACAGGUUGAAGGUCAACGGAUGGCUUAACAUUUGCAGCUCCAGAGGGGCUGUCUCCAUGCAGUUACUGGUGGUGGAGGUCUGCAGGGAAGGGCAGAGCAUCAUGUUUCAGUACAAAUGACCAGCCUCAUGUAGAACAUUUUUGUACAAACUUAGUGUUCCUCUGUUGAGUUGCAUUUUGUCAAGAAUUGGAAAAAUUCUAUUAAUUAAAAAGGAUUUAGUUGGCUAUGAGGUUUAGUGCAAUAGUACGAGUGUGUGUAUGUUAUGAUAAAUGUGGAAACUGACUUAAAGUAAUGCCUAUGUUUUGCAGAUAACAGUUCUCUGAUGGAGGUUUUCUUUGAAAGAUAUUCAAGUUUUUAGUCUUUCCAAAUCUUAAAUACUUUAGUGUAAUGUUUACAUUGGAUCAGUAGGACAAAUGGGUUAAGGAAAGAUACCAAAUGUUCUAUUUGUAUUAAAAUCUCUAUUUUACAAUUUGAUCAUACACUAUGAUUGUAUGUUCUAACACCAUCUUGUUUGUCUCCACUAAUCUGAGAUGAACAGCAAUAGACAAUUCUAAACAAAAACCAGUACAGUACAUGCAAUACAUCUGCUCUCACACUGAUAUAUUGUAUGUAUACGGUGAGAGCACGGUGGAAAACUCUUGAGAUAUCUUGAUGUAAUCUUCCAGUCUCACUCUGUGUUGUUUCCUUUUUAAUAGUGGUGACAUUGUAUACUUCCUGUCCUGUGUUGGAAAAGCCUCCAAUUUGUUUUACAGUAAAAGGAUCCAGGGAACGGAUCACUGAGUUGUAUUUGUAGCACUGACAACUCAAACUUUAUUUUAAAUAAAAUUAGAAAAAAUCCUGAAGACGUAGCCUACAGUAUAAUGGAAAACCAGUUACGUAACAUUACAAGUUAGACAGUUAAUGCAAGUUGUCACAUUAUUUCCUUUUAUUUUUCAUGCACACUGUAAAAAUACUUAUCGGUGGCUUCUCGUUCAUACUUACUUUUGCCUUAAUACGGUUCAAAAGCCAAGGAAACUAUUUUUUCAUCAUGGAACAUUUCACAUCCUAUUACUGUACAUGUUCCUUCUUAGAAAACAGAAAAAAACAACACUAUACUGGCAACUUAUUUAAUAUUUAUUUCCCCUUGAACUUGUAAGUACUGUAUUGUAAUAAAGAGUAUAUAACAGA